CCCAUGUGGAGUCCUGGAGAGCAGCAGUUGCUGUGGUGCCUGGCUGUCAUGGAUGUAGUCAGGGGGCUGCACAGGCUGCAGCGCUACAGUGCCCUUCUCGGACAGGCGAGGACUUUCACUGGCAUCCCCGGCUGCUUCCCGCACGGUCAGUGGAUGGCUUGUACCCAGACAUCUGGACCCCGGCGACGAUGGAUCUUGCCACCCAGCAGUACAGUAUGCCGCCAUACACAGUCGGACACCACUCAAGCCACGUUAGCCAGUGUUGCUCCAGUGUUCUCUGUGAUGAAAUUUGACAAAGCAGGAAACAUAUUGUCAUUUGAAAGGAAGAAGACAGAAUUAUAUCAGGAGUUGGGACUUCAAGCACGGGAUCUGAGGUUUCAGCAUCUAGUCAGCAUCAAUGCCAGAAACAACAAGAUCAUUUUAAGAAUGGAGUUUGUAAAAGCUGUUAUUACUUCGGAGUAUCUGCUAAUAUUGGAUUAUCGGAACUUGCACCUGGAGCAAUGGUUUCUCCGUGAGCUUGCACCUCAGCUAGCAGGAGAAGGACAGCUAGUCACAUAUUCUUUACCUUUUGAGUUCAGAGCUCUGGAAGCGAUCCUCCAGCACAGGAUUAGCACUCUGCACGGAAGACUUCAUUUUUUACAACCUCAAAUCCUAGAAACUUUGGAAGCUUUGGUGGACCCCAAGCUUAUGUCUGUAGAUAGAAGUAAACUGCAUGUCCUGCUGCAGAAUGGGAAAACUCUAUCGGAGUUGGAAACGGAUGUAAAAGUUUUCAAAGAAGCAAUUCUGGAAAUCCUGGAUGAAGAUGAGCUUAUAGAAGAGCUGUGUCUGACCAGACUGUCUGACCCUCAAGCGCUUGAAGAGAGCGCUUCACGGAUAGAUCACACAGAAGAAAUGGAGCUGCUUCUUGAGAAUUAUUACAGACAAGCAGAAGAUCUAGCAAAUGUGGCCAGAGAGCUGCGUGUGCUGAUUGAUGACUCUGAAAGUGUGAUUUUUAUCAACUUGGACAGUCAUCGGAAUGUGAUGAUGAGACUCAAUUUGCAGCUGACCAUGGGAACCUUUUCCCUUUCUCUCUUUGGUCUAAUUGGAGUGGCUUUUGGGAUGAACUUGGAGUCCACUUUUGAAGAGGAUCCCCAAGUGUUUUGGUUCAUUACAGGAGUUAUGUUCCUGGGAAGUGGCCUGAUCUGGAGACGCUUGCUCUCCUUUCUUGGAAGACAUCUGGAGCCAUCAAAGCCACCAUCGAUCUGGAAGAGGGCAUUUCCCUUAAUUGGAAGAGCAGAUGCAACAAAUGGGCCUAAAGUGUAAUUUUCCUCACGAAGGGCAGAAACCUAUGGGCAUUAGACCUACCAGACAACUGCUCCACCGUGUGACUGUUACUACUCCGUUUUGCCCUCUGAUUACACACUAAAGGAUGUGUAAAUCAUAUUGGGUAUAUGAGUAUGCCCAGUCUGCCUUGGGUACCAUCAUGCAUAGUUAUGUCCCUGAGCAACCCAUUUACUCGGAGGACAUGCUUUCCUCUGUAUGGCAUUCAUGUGCAUUCCACAGUAUUUUGGAAGUGUCUAUUUUCUAUCAUACAAACAGCUUCUGUAGAAAAAAAUGUCAUCAAAGCAUCAGGUUUACGUGACUGGAACAUACCUAGAUUUUCAAACUGAUACUACUUUAAGGUACAUGAGUAGUUAAUGUGAUAUUUCAUUUUUGUAGGGGGAUAGUCACUUACCGCAGUGCCUUAAGGACACCUCAAGUACCUCGCCCCGCUGGACUAUGCUGCUGUUAAUCUGAAACAAUGCGUGCUUCUAUUUAUUGCCUGUGGUAUAGUGUUACAUCCUUCUGUGCCUUAUGUUACAAUAUGCUGCAUUAAUGCUUCUACUAAGCUGGAAGUGUGGGGAAGUUUUUAACAAGAUUUAGUAAAAUGAAAAAAAAAGGUAGUUUUUGUGCACAACUUCUUUUUUUCUGAGCCUUAAAGGGGUUUUCUGAGAUGUUUAUGUCGACACCCAGCCACACCGACGAUCAGCGGCCAUGCUUGGUAUCACAGCUCAGCCUUAUUCACUUCAGUGGGACUGAGCUGCAUCUAAGCCAUGUGACUGAUAAAUGUGACGUCACACUGUCUAGGAUAAGCUGCAAAAAGGCCGCGGCGCUACUGUGAGCACCAGUGCCUUCUCAAACAGCUGAUCGGAUAACAGAGUAUAGGUCAUCAGAAUGAAAGUCUCAGAAAACCCCUUCAAUAUGGCAUCUAUAGAAGUUCCUUGUGCUUUACUGUACCACUGGUUGGAGUCUGCACAGAUGAGAUAUCCAUUUUGGCAUGUUUCAUCAGAACGUUACUUCAAGGGGUUACUGGGAAUUCCAUGGUGACACGCAGAAUCGUUGCAGUCCCAUUGUAUCUAGUCCUAUGGGACACCGUAGGCCACGAAAUAUCCUUCUUGUCUCGUUCAGGAGCCCUAAGACUUGCAAAGAACACAGGUAAUUACCCUCAUUGAUGUAAUCCAACUGAAUAAGAAAUGUAAUAUAAAAUAGCUUAAAGGAGAUGCCUCAUUACAGAAACUUAUAAGUGUCUGAUUGGCGAGGGGUACUGCUGAAGCCCACAAGACUCGAGGCCCACAUUCCACUAUUAGGACACACUUGCAGGGGUAAAACCCCACCUAUCACGUAUCCCCCAUCCAGUGGUAAGUUGUUGUAGUGCAACAACCACUUUAAGGGGUUUCCAGCUUUUAACAUUGAUGGUCUAGCCUUAGUAUAAGCCUCCAAUGUGUUAUAGUUGGGAUUCUGACCUCUACCACUCAAAAGAACAAAGGCGCUAUAAUUCUCACUACAGUAUUCAAAACAGUCAGGUCCAUCUGUCCAAGCAUGGUAUUACAUCUUGGACCUAUUCAGAUGACUAGCACUGAGCUGCGGUACCCUAUACAGGUGGAUAGGUGACUAGCACAUAGCUGCAGUACCAUAUAUGGGUGGAUAGAUGACUAGCACAAAGCUGCAGUACCAUAUACAGGUGGAUAGGUGACUAGCACUGAGCUGCAGUACCAUAUACAGGUGGAUAGAUGACUAGCACAAAGCUGCAGUACCAUAUACAGGUGGAUAGGUGACUAGUGCUGAGCUGCAGUAUCAAAUACAGUCCUGAUCAAAAGUUUAGGACCACUUGAAAAAUGGCAAAAAAUCAUAUUUUACAACCUUAAUAAGGUUCCACGUAGAGCUUCA